AUGUCGCAGCGGCUGGUGGCGGCGGCCGGCAGCAGGGCGGUGGCGGGGCCGCUCGCCGUGCUGUGGCGGUGCGGUCUUGGCCCACGAGGGGGCAGGACGUUCGGGGCAGGCGUGAGGGCGCUCGGAACCGCUCAGCAGUGUCUCCAGGGAACCCGCUCUCAGCAGUCAGCUCUGCAGAUAAGACUGGCGUCAGUUUCCCAGUGGCUGUGUUCAAAACCACCCAAAGGAACUAAUGAACCAAAGGAUGCUGGUUCUGGAGCAGACAGAGGGAAGAGAAGAGGAAAGCAAGAUGACUUUGCCUGGUGGAAACGGAUGCAGAAGGGGGAGACUCCCUGGGACGACAAGGAUCUCCGCAGUCUGGCCGUGCUGGGGGCAGGUGUUGCUGCGGGAUUUCUCUACUUCUAUUUCCGAGAUCCUGGGAAGGAAAUCACUUGGAAGCACUUUGUGCAGUAUUACCUGGCGAGAGGUCUGGUGGAUCGGCUGGAAGUCGUGAAUAAACAGUUCGUGCGUGUUAUUCCUACCCCUGGGACAUCACCCGAGAAGUAUGCAUGGUUCAGCAUUGGCAGCGUGGAUACCUUCGAGCGCAACCUGCAGACUGCCCAGUGGGAGCUAGGCAUUGAGCCCCCCAACCAGACGGCUGUGGUCUACACCACUGAGAGCGAUGGGUCUUUCUUGCGAAGCCUGGUGCCCACCCUUCUCCUGAUUGGCAUCUUCCUCUAUGUCAUGAGGAGGGGUCCGAUGGGGGCUGGGCGUGGUGGGCGAGGAGGGGGCCUCUUCGGCAUUGGUGAGACAAUAGCCAAAAUCAUCAAGGAUGACAUCGGCGUGCGGUUUGCAGACGUGGCUGGUUGCGAAGAAGCCAAGCUGGAGAUCAUGGAGUUUGUAAAUUUCCUGAAGAACCCCAAACAGUACCAGGACCUUGGGGCCAAAAUUCCAAAGGGAGCCCUGCUCACAGGUCCUCCCGGUACUGGCAAAACACUUCUCGCCAAGGCAACCGCGGGGGAGGCUGGUGUGCCCUUCAUCACCGUGAAUGGGUCUGAGUUCCUGGAGAUGUUUGUUGGUGUUGGCCCAGCUCGGGUUCGUGACAUGUUUGCAAUGGCCCGGAAAAAUGCUCCCUGUAUCUUGUUCGUUGAUGAGAUUGAUGCAAUUGGCCGGAAGCGUGGGCGUGGGCACGUUGGAGGCCAGAGCGAGCAGGAGAAUACCCUGAACCAGCUGCUCGUGGAGAUGGACGGAUUCAGCUCUACCUCAAAUGUUGUCGUGCUGGCCGGCACCAACCGCCCCGAUGUCCUUGAUCCAGCCCUGAUGCGGCCAGGCCGCUUUGACCGUCAGAUUUACAUUGGGCCCCCGGACAUCAAAGGCAGGUCGUCUAUCUUCAGGGUCCACUUGCGUCCACUCAAGUUGGAUGAGAGCCUCAGCAAGGAUGCCCUGGCGAGGAAGCUUGCAGCCCUCACUCCAGGCUUCACAGGUGCUGAUAUUUCUAAUGUUUGCAACGAAGCUGCCCUGAUCGCCGCCCGCCACCUGAGCCCCUCUGUAGGGGAGAAGCACUUCGAGCAGGCCAUCGAGAGGGUCAUUGGAGGCCUUGAGAAGAAGACACAGGUCCUGCAGCCCAGUGAGAAGAUGACAGUGGCCUACCACGAGGCUGGCCAUGCAGUGGUGGGCUGGUUCCUGGAACACGCAGACCCCCUGCUCAAGGUGUCCAUCGUCCCCCGGGGCAAGGGGCUCGGCUACGCCCAGUGCCUGCCCAGGGAGCAGUACCUGUACACGCGGGAGCAGCUCUUUGACCGCAUGUGCGCCAUGCUGGGUGGCCGCGUGGCUGAGCAGCUGUUCUUCGGGCGGGUCACCACGGGGGCCCAGGACGACCUGAGAAAGGUCACCCAGAGCGCCUAUGCCCAGAUCGUGCAGUUCGGGAUGAGCGAGAAGCUGGGCCAGAUGUCCUUCGAUCUCCCGCGGCCGGGCGAGGCGCUGGUGGAGAAGCCGUUCAGCGAGGCCACGGCCCAGCUCAUAGACGAGGAGGUGCGGCGGCUCAUCGGCUCCGCGCAUGCGCGCACGCUGGACCUGCUCACCCGCUGCCGCGAGCAGGUGGACAAGGUGGGCAGGCGGCUGCUGGAGAAGGAGGUGCUGGAGCGGGCUGACAUGGUGGAGCUGCUCGGGCCACGGCCGUUCGCCGAGAAGAUCACCUAUGAGGAGUUCGUGGAGGGCACGGGCGGCCUGGAGGAGGACACGGCCCUUCCUGAGGGUCUGCAGGGCUGGCGUGGAGGGCCGGAGGAGGGCGGCUUAGGGCGCCCGCUGCAGGAGAGCCCAGCCUAGCGCGCCUGCCUGGAGAGCAGCCUCCGGGACCCCCAGGAAGCAAAUUAAAGCACAUAUAACAGGCAAACAGCUGUCUUCCUAUCAGGGCCCUUGAAGCACGGGCUUCCUGCUCCUUGCAGGCACCCUUCCACCGAGGGGGCUGGGACCCAGCCUCUGUCUGAGUGGGGGGCUGGGACCUGGUCAGUGCAGGUGCCUUCACCUGCCCCAGGGAGAGAAGGCCCAGUUCAGAAGCACUCACAGGUCAGCCCACUGUGAGGUUCAGCAGAAGAGGUGUGUAAGCCCCAGAAUCUAGGGAAUGGCAGUUUGGGUAGUGGAAAGCCAGCUGGUCCUCAGGGAUGGAGCUCACCACUCCCAUAGGCAUGUGGCCGGGGUUGGGGGGCCUUAGGGGCCUGAAACUGAGAGGGAGGGGUUGCCCUUUUCUCAGGGUGGGGCCUUGUUGCUGGCAAGUCUCUGGGAAGCUGUUCCUGGUGGCCUGGUUUUGUUAGAAUCCAGAAGGCGACUCUGGGCUGCUCCAUGGGACAGGACAGCCCCUGAGGGUGCAGUUGUCUGCACCCUGCCGGCAGUUGUCUGCUUGGACCCGGAGUGAGACUAGGGCCCGGUCCCAGGGAGCUGGGUUUAGUGGAAAUGGCCUCAUGGGUCCCCAGCACACAGCCAGAGGGCCGGAGUCAUCAGAGUUGUGACAGUAGAAGCAGUUCCUGCCUUGAGGGGGUCGGGGGACAGGCUUUCUGGGCUGAUAGUGGGUGAAGGGGUGCCCCCCUGUUGCCGGCCCGGCCCACACACGGCCUUGGGGAUGAAAUUUUCCACAUCAUUUGGUAUGUUUGCCUCAAAAAUAGAAUUUCCAACUUGGGACAAACACUUUCAGCUUUGCUCUUUGUAGAACAUGUAUUGUUGAUUUUCUUGUCUCUGGGGCUUGCCCUGUAUUGCAGCCUCCACCACUUAGCCUCUGUACUGAACUGCUGGGGACCCUGCAGGGGCCUGUUCUGGGACCUUCCAAUGUAGGUAAUGUCACCCCAGGAAAGCCCCAUGCUGUCCCGAGCCUGGGCUGCUGCCCCUCUCCAGGUCCAGGGCUCACCCCUGGUGAUAGUGCCCUGCAUGCGUGCCCUCUCCUCUCACCCGCUGCUGUCUGCUCAGCUCCCCUCAUCUGGCUGAGCAUCUGGGCUGAGGCCUGGCUGAGUGUCUGCUAGGGGAGGCUCCACCCCUUGGGAGGAACUGCUUGCUCUCUUCUGCUCACAGACUGGCCCUCCCUGCCGGCUGCCUCCCCAGAUCCUGCCCUGGGCUGGGAGGAGCCUUUUGGGGCUGCCUCUUCCAGCCUGGGCUUGUGGGGACAGAGCCAAAUGCUAGCCCCCAGUGCGUCACAGUGGAGCCCCCAGAGGCUUCAGCUGGGGGAGGACCAGAGCACAGAGCUGGAGGUUUCUCGAGGAGCCAGCCCCCUGCCCCUGCGCAGCCCCCGCCCCUGAGCGCCAGUGUCAGUCGGAAAGGAAGACAGUGGUCCACGAGACUGAGGACAGGGCGACGUUUUAAUUGCGCGUCUUUGAAACGAGGUCACGGAAGCUGCAGCAGGAAGGAUGGGGGCUGGAGGGAAGACCCUGGGGUGGGUGGGGCACAGCGGCCCUCUUGGGGCCCCUUUUCCAUUAGACUCUUGGAAAUCACCCCCGUGCAGCUGCCCCUCGUGUGCAGGAGUGUUGCCCCAGUCCUGGUGCAGCGGCGACCCUUCCUGGCAGGGUAUGCCCAGGGCUUCCACAGAGGAGCCUGUUUUUCUUCCCCAGAAAUGUCUCAGUGAAGAAGGGGUCAGGACAGGUGGCCUUGGGGACAGAAAGCAGACUGGACUUGCUGUCAGACUGGAAGCUGGUCCUGUCCUCAGCACAUAAGCAGCAUUGGGAGCAGUCAAGCCUGGCAUCCCUGAAUUGGUUCAGGGGCUGUGCCCAGGUGCCCUCAUGUCCCCACCCCCUCUGACUGCUGCACCCCAGACUGGGACGCUAGCCAGGGACACAGACCUACACGUGUGUGCACAUGUGUGCCUGGUGGGCUUUGGAGACUGGGCAAGCCCUGCCUGCCCUGCCGUCUGAGGCCGUCUUGAUUGACUUGGCAUUCCACGCUUGGGAAGGUGGGUCUGGCUGACGGAGGGAGGAGGACGAGCAAGUUGCUGGGGGUGUCUGGUGCUAACAGUGUUCCCGGGCAAUAGCAGGGAGCAGGGGGGAAUCGGGUGAUUUUGGGGACUCACUCCCCUAUCCACUCCCUGGCUGGACAACAGACUCCUAUGGGCCGGAGUUUGGCAUGGCGAUUCACCCCCUCUCACCAGCAUAUCCCCACUCACCCUGGCCCCACCCAGGAUUCUGGUGACAGAUGACAACACCAUUCCUGCAGACAAGUCUCAUCUCAUCCCUGGGCCUUGUCCCUGAUCCAGGGACCAGGAAAGAGCUGAUAUAAGGCCACUGGGCUGUGCUUAUGCUGAAGUGCCUUGAGACCCCAGCCCAGAGCCGCAGUGGGGAGGGCGGGCAGUGUCCACGUGGCCACGGUGGUCCGGUUCUGCCCCAUCUUGGCCCCAGGCCAGCCCGCCUAGUCCUCCUUGGGCCUCUCCACAGUAAGAAUCGUGUCCACAAUGGCAGGCUGCCGCUCAGGGUCGCCAAAGGGCUGCUUCUCACGGUUCUGCUCUGCCCUGGUGCGCGUCCAGGAGGGUGAGCGCAGACAGCCAGCUCGGGGCAGUGGGUGUAGGCCUGGUGGGAACAUGGGCUGGGUCAGUGUGGCUCACCAGUCACUCCUGCAUCUACGGUCUGGCCUAUUUGUGCCUCCAGCAUGGUGUCCGGCCACACCUUGGGGGCUCCCUGGUACCAGCAACAUGUGCAUGUGGGUCUGGAUGCCGCCUGGGCACUGGCUUUCCUGAUGCUUCCAGAAGGGUUCCCAUGUGGCCAGGGUCCCGCCCUGGUUGUGAGCCUGGCUUGGAGCCCAUGUGGGUGGGCAGUAGGGAGGGAAGAAGGUCUCUGGGCACCCACACUCCCAGUGCCUUGCAUGCCAUUUCUUUGGUCAGUGGGGUCCAGUGCUUCCCAGGAACUGAGCUGAGGAGCAGCCAGGGCUGGCUAAUGCCACCCCUUUUGUACUCUGCCUUGUAAUUAAAUCCACAUAGUGAAUUC